GCGGGCGCUCCCGUUAGUCGCCGUUGCUCCCGUUAAUCAGCGCCGGCAGCGAUAAAAGCCGAGCCCCGGGAGCCGCGACCGCCCCUCGGCCUCCUCCGCCUCUCUUGUCUCCAUAGGCGAUGCGCGGCGCGGCGGCGGAGUGAAGGAGCGGCGCCUUUUCCGUCCUCAUCCUCCUCUUCCUCCUUCUCCUCGCCGCCGCCACCAUGGGCGACAGCGGCGCGCCCGGGGACGUGAACUCCAACGUACUGGUGUCUCGCAGCACCGGGGACGCGCAGCUGGACAAGGCCGUGUGGCAGUGGCUCAGCUGGGACAAGAACCCGAGGACGAGGGAGCAGAUCGAGAGCCUGCUGCAGGACGGGAAGCACCGGGAGCUGCGCCAGCGCCUGUGCUGCCGCCUGAGCUUCGGCACGGCCGGGCUGCGCUCGGCCAUGGGCGCGGGCUUCUGCUACAUCAACGACCUCACCGUCAUCCAGUCCACACAGGGGAUCUACACUUACCUGGAGAGAAACUUUUCAGACUUUAAGCAGAGGGGCUUUGUUGUUGGAUAUGACACACGAGGUCAGGUCACCAGCAACUGCAGCAGUAAGAAGCUUGCAAAGCUCACUGCAGCAGUCCUGCUGGCAAAGGAUGUGCUUGUGUACUUCUUCUCCACCUAUGUCCCUACCCCCUUUGUGCCCUACGCCGUGCAGCAGCUGGGGGCCGUGGCGGGGGUGAUGAUCACAGCCUCCCACAACCGCAAGGAGGACAACGGCUACAAGGUUUACUGGGAAAAUGGAGCACAGAUCACCUCUCCUCACGAUAAGGAAAUUAUAAAAUGCAUAGAAGAGUGUGUGGAGCCAUGGAAUGGCUCUUGGAAUGAAAACCUGGUGGACACCAGUCCCCUCAGGCAGGAUCCUCUGAAGAAAAUCUGUGACAGCUACAUGGAGGACCUGACCAAGAUCUGCUAUCAUAGGGAGCUGAACGUGCAGAGCAGUUUGAAGUUUGUGCACACCUCGUUCCACGGCGUGGGCCAUGACUACGUGCAGAUGGCCUUCAGGGCCUUUGGCUUCCAGCCCCCCAUCCCAGUGCCCGAGCAGAAGGACCCAGACCCCGACUUCUCCACGGUCAAGUGCCCCAAUCCUGAGGAAGGAGAGUCUGUGCUGGAGCUGUCACUGAGGCUGGCAGAGAAAGAAGGUGCCAGAGUGGUGGUGGCCACUGAUCCAGAUGCAGAUAGGCUGGCAGUGGCGGAGCGGCAGGACAACGGCAGCUGGAAGGUGUUCACGGGCAAUGAGCUGGCAGCCCUGUUUGGCUGGUGGAUGUUCUCCUGCUGGAAGGAGAACUGCCCCCCAGACGCUGACGUGAGCAAUGUCUACAUGAUGGCAACCACGGUCUCCUCCAAGAUCCUGAGGGCCAUUGCACUGAAAGAGGGGUUUCACUUUGAGGAAACACUCCCUGGUUUUAAAUGGAUUGGAAGCAGAGUGAAGGAUCUCCUAGACAAUGGAAAAGAAGUUCUCUUUGCAUUUGAGGAGUCUAUUGGCUUCAUGUGUAGCACAUCAGUGCUGGAUAAGGAUGGAGUGAGUGCAGCCGUGGUCAUUGCAGAAAUGGCAACUUAUCUGCAGAGCCAGGGCCUGACCCUGGCACAGAAACUCGUUGACAUUUUUGAAAUGUAUGGCUAUCACAUCUCCAAGACCUCCUAUUUCCUGUGCUACGACCCUGCCACCAUCAAGAAGAUAUUUGAGAGGCUGAGGAGCUUUGAGGGCCCCGAGUCGUACCCCAAGAGCUGUGGGGCUUACAGCAUCCUGCACGUCAGGGACAUCACCACGGGCUACGACAGCAGCCAGCUGAACCACAAGUCUGUGCUGCCAGUGAGCAAGAGCAGCCAGAUGAUCACGUUCACCUUCCAGAACGGCUGCGUGGCCACGCUGCGCACGAGCGGCACCGAGCCCAAGAUCAAGUACUACGCUGAGAUGUGUGCUGUGCCCGGGCACAGUGACAGAAGUGUUCUGGAAGAAGAGCUGCAGAAGCUGAUAGAGGCUCUGAUUGAAGAGUUCCUGGAGCCUGCCAAGAACGGGCUGACCUGGCGCUCUGCGUAGAGCCCGGGCAGGGAGGCUUGGAACAAAGGACCCAGGAGCAGAACCAGUCCCAUCUCUGUGUCUGUGUGUGUGUUUCAAACAGCUGCGUUCUUGUUCUGUGCAGAAGAAGCUUUCUUUUGUCAGGCUUUUCACCAAACUGGGACAAGGAGAGGAGCUCAGAGGAAAGGGUGGGAUUUAUUGCUGCAGUUUUCAGUCCUUUUGACCAAAAGUUUAAUUAACCCACACCAAUGCGAAUGAACUGCCCGGGUACCUUUGAGGCAGCUGAGCUUAGCUGCCACAUCUUGUCUUAAACUCAGUUCAGGUACCUGAAACACCUCUUUUUGUGUGUGAGAAAAGGUUUUAAAGUUUUAAAGGAGUGAUCACUCCACACUGACAGCAAAGGCUGCUGCUUCCCUGCAGCUCUGAGACCUUCCUUACAGGUCUGCACUUCCAAAAGCAUCCAAGCAGAGCUCAGCAUUUCUUGUGUAGGCAAAUGGUUGGCAUUUUUCAUCUAGUUAAGAGUUCUUCUGUUGGUAAAGGUGUUCUUGGGCAUUGUAGCUUUCCUGUGUGUGUCUUAAAAUAAUUGGCAGUGAAACAGUAGUGGCAACAGCUGCAGCUUGGGGUUGGAGUUGCCUGGUGCCUUUCCAAGGCUUCCAAAGGAGCAGGAACUUGGUCAUUCCUUGGUAAAAUUGCCCCUUCUGACUACCACAGGCUCUGCAGCUACUUUUUGUCACACAUCUCUGCAGGGCUUUAAGCUUUCUUGAUUUUCUGUAUUCAUUACUUGAUUUAAAUGCUAGUCAGUGACUUUAUGGUUUUUGCUGGCCUGUAUUUAUAUUGUCUGUGUAUUAAAAAAAAAAAAAAAACCAACCAAAAAAACAAGGAAGAAA